ACCGGCAGCCCUCUAAGGGAUGAAAAAAAAAAUGCCUCCUCAAUGGCUGGAGAUGCUCUUAAUGGACACGGGCACACGGUCUUCUUCUUCGCCUCUAUAGACUCUGGAAUAUCCAUAUGGCCACCGCCGGCGCUGUCGUUGACCGGCUCCUACGCCGGCUGGCCUCCGACGCUCGCCGGUCGGAGCUACCCUCGGGCGUAGACGAGCACGUGGCGCAUCUGUGGCGAACUCUGGCGGGGUUGCAAGAUGUGCUGGUUAGUGUGGAGAGAUAUUUUAGGGUGCGUACGGAGGUGCAGGAUUGGAUGGCGAAGAUAAAUCAGAUUGUCUAUGACACUGAACAUCUCUUGGACGAGUUUGAAGACCAAAAUGGCAUCGGAUCUGAGAGGACCGGCUGUAUUACAAAGGCAACAUCAUUGUGUUCUUCAUGUCCAUUUUUCUUGUACGAUACCAGAGUGAAUAGAAUGAAGAUACUCAGAAAAAGGUUGGAUCUUUUAGCAAGAGAUUCUGUGGUUUUCAGUUUGAUGCAGCACCCAAAGUCUGAUCUUGAGCAAUCUGAUAUCCAAGAAGAGUUCUAUAGAGCUGCAAUUGUUGGAAGAGAUAGUGACAAAGAAAAAAUAAAGGAAUUAAUGUUGGAAAAUAAUACAGAAACAUUGUCCAUCAUUCCCAUAGUUGGCCUUGUUGGUUUGGGGAAAACAGCUCUUGCCAGAUUAAUUUUCCAUGACCAGGGAGAAGGGUGGAAUUUAGAUCUUCGUAUUUGGAUCGACUUAAAUAGGAAAUUUGAACUUAAAAACAUUGCUGCUGAUAUAAUCACACAAGCUAAUGGAACAAAAGAAGGACCCUCAGAAAUCAAUACCAACAUUCAGAUCCAUGAAAAUCUCCAAUUGCUAAAGAAUCGUUUGCAGAAGACACUUCAUGACAAACGUUGUCUAAUUGUCUUGGAUGACCUUUGUAGCAUAGAUAAAAGCCAGUUGGAUGAACUGAAGGAAAUGCUCAGGCGUACGAACAAGUGGAUCAAGGUUUUGGUGACCACUUCCAGUGAAAUAACUGCAGAGCUAAUGCACACCUUCCCACCGUACGAGUUGUUUCCAUUGUCUGAAGAUGACUGUUGGGAAAUAUUUUCUGAAAAAGCUUUUGGGGAUGGAGGUACUGUUAGUGCAUGCCUGAAGAAAAUUGGGAAGCAAAUUGUGAAAAGAUGUGAUGGAAUACCAUCUUUAGCUCAUUUUCUUGGUUCAGUAGUGCACAAUCAAGUCAUGGAUGUCUGGUUAGCAGCAAGGGAUGAACCAAUAUGGAAAUUAGAGAGCACAUAUUCCAUGAAAGUUAAAGUGUUUUCAUCACUGAAUCAAAUAUACUAUGACAUGCCCUCAGCGCUGAAACUAUGCUUUCUAUAUUUAUCAGUAUUUCCUAAGGGAUCUAUUAUUGAUAAAGAAAAACUUAUCAGACAGUGGAUUGCGCUUGAUAUUAUUGGAUCAAAACAUGGAACUUUGCCAUCCUAUGUGCAGGCGGAGAUGUACAUUCAGGACCUUCUGUCAAUACAUUUCCUCCAAGUCAGGAAGACACAUUCAGUUAAUGGAAUGGAGAUCAGUACAUCUCCUACAACACUCUACAUGCAUAACUUCGUCCAUGAAUUUGCAAGGCAUGUUGCUUGCAAUGAUAUUAUUAUUUUGGGUGAUAGAGAAAUGAAUGAUAAUGCAAAAGAGCUCUCCUUCCAAUAUGCAUUGUUGACCCAUUACAAAGGGCGAUCAACACUUUGCAGUGCAUUGCUCACAAGGGCAAGGGCAUUACACUUCCUGAAUGCUGAGGCUAUAAAGCUCCAUGGAGAAGCAUUUGAAUUACUGAAGCAUCUGCGUGUUUUGAAUCUCAGUGGAAGCUGCAUUGAAGAAAUACCUGCUUCCAUUGGCCAUUUGAAACAUCUAAGAUACCUUGAUAUUUCUGGCUUGAAAGUUCAGACAUUACCUUCUUCCAUGAGUACGUUGAUAAAUCUUGAGGCGUUGGAUCUAUCAAAUACUUCUCUCAAGGAAUUGCCCUCUUUCAUUGGUUCUUUAGAGAAGCUAAAAUAUUUGAACCUGCAAGGCUGUGACAUACUUCAAAACUUGCCUGCAACCCUUGGUCAUCUCCAAACACUAGAGCAUCUUAGGCUGUCAUGUCGUUAUGAUGUUGGUGAGCUAGCUGACUCUCUCUGCAAUCUUCAGGAUCUUCGGUUUAUUGAUUUGUCAAGCUGCACUGAGCUUCCACAGUUGCCUCCUUCAUUUGGUAAUUUAAUGAAAUUGGAGGAUCUAAACCUGUCUAGUUGCUUCAACCUCAAGCAGCUACCAGAAUCUUUUGGCAACCUCUAUCUUCUUAGGUCUCUGAACAUGUCAAGCUGCUAUGAGCUCAAACAAUUGCCUGGAUCUUUUUGCAAUCUCGUCAAGUUGGAAGUCCUUAUACUUAGGAGAUGUUGCAGACUUCAAAACCUCCCUCCGUCCUUUGGGGAUAUCAAGAACCUUCGAAUUUUGGAUCUAACUGGCUGCGAGGCACUUCAUGUAAGUGUUGGGAUGUUAACAACCAAUUUGGAGUAUCUGAACCUACAGCAAUGUCUUAAGCUGCCGACUCGGCCUAACUGUUUAAAUAACUUCACUGGACUGAAGUUUUUGGAUCUCUCAUGGUGCCUCCCUACCAUUGACUGUCUGCAAUCUCUUGGCUACUUGUUCAAUCUUGAAUAUCUGAACUUGUCGCAAAAUCCUCUCGUCAUACCUGUGUCUUUUGUGAGGCUUCAGAAGCUGCAUACGUUGGACCUCACUGGUUGUGCUCUUGAGCAUCCAUCCCAUAGUUUACCUCAGAUGUUCCUAGAUAUCAUACAUAAAAUGACAGGACUGAAAUUUCUGUUGACGAAAGAUCCGUUGAUAGUGGCCUGUCUUCCACCAUACAUCCGGUGCUCUGUUAGGAUUGCUGAAAACUGGCACAUAACUACCGACGAGCUUGUUAUUCCAGACCUCACAAGAGGGUCCAGGGGCUUAACUAUUGCAGAGAGAGCAAAUCUGAAGAAUCGUCCAGAGCUACGUUUCCUUAAGCUGGAGUGGACUAAUACUUCUCAUCCAGCUGUGCGUGGAGUAGAUGAAGAUUUAGGUGAAGAAGUUCUGGAAAAGCUCCAACCACACCAGGGUUUAGAGCAUUUUGAGCUAGUUGGGUAUUCAGGAUUUGCAUGGCCUACAUGGAUGAUGAACAACAUGGUGACUUUACUCCCCAACCUUGUCAGACUCCAUCUGCUCUGGCUUGGAAACUGUAAAGAUCUUCCUCCACUGGGCCAGCUCAUAAAUUUGCGGCACUUGCAUAUAGAAGAUAUGCCUAACCUUGUAAAUCUAGGUAUGGGUCUUUCUGGGGGCACACACCCCUUCAAGAAAUUAAUACACCUCAAAUUGGAAAAUUUACUAAACCUAGAAGAGUUGCCUAUACUGUUGUUGACGAACAAUGGGAAUCAGCAGUUCAUGUUCCCUGCUCUUGAGGAAUUGUCCGUGCUAUCCUGCCCUAAUCUCAUGUUCAAACCAUCUCUGCCAAAGUGUCGGAAAUAUGGAAUAAAAGAUAGUAACAGGAUUCUGUCAUGUGGGGAACCUUUGGGGCCACUGUCAUCUCCGUCACCAGCAAACAUAAUGAUUACUGGGUGCAGGAUAUCUUCCAGUUGCUUGCAAUGGCUUGAAUCCUUGCAUACUAUCGAGAAAAUAGUAAUUGAUGCAUGUGUGGGGGAUGAUCGGGAAGCAGUAAUCUCUUUGAAGCUCCUGGAGGUAAAAUGCACUCAAGAAUCAUCCAGUAGCAAGAUUCGGAAUGAAAAAACAAAUCAAAGUUCAUCUGGGACAAGGAUUUUAAAUGAAUUGACCACUCAGGAUGAUGCCUAUACGAAUACUCGCCAUGUUGUGGAUGUGGACUCAUUGGGCUGGCAAUCCGCCGGUGAAUCAUCCUUGGUAUCUUUACAGAAAAACCCAGCCACAACAGGCCUUGGUACCUCAAUAAUCCGGAAACUUUUCCCGAAGUUUAAUACCAGUCCGGGACAAUCAGGUUAGCACAUAAAUAUUUGCCACUCUAGACUGAACAGAAAACCUAUGUGUCAACUCAGGUUACUGCAUUUUAUUUGUCAUUCUAGACUGAACAUAUAUUUGUUGUGACAUUAAGUUGUUUUCGUGUGUAUAAAUGACACUUCUGCAUAAGGAAAGAAUACUCCUGUUUGUGGUUAGGUAUGUUUCUGGGCUAAUAUUUAUGCCGUGUCACAACAAAAGACUGCAUAGACGCUCCACACAAUAAAAGUAAGAGCAUCCUGUUCUUCUAUAUCAUUAUACUUAGUAAUUCUAAUGUAUAACUAAAAGUAGUAAUGGCCAAAGCUGUGUAUUGUUUGACCACGUUGAUGUCUGAUACGACAAGUAGAAGAGAAGAGAAGCAUUUAGUUAUUUUCAAAAACCGAAUGGUUUAAUUGGAUCGAAGCUUAUGAAUCAGAUUAAGUAUGCAUUGAUCGGUGGAGAUAUAUGCAUAAUUAUUCUCAAGGGAUAAAACAAUGCUUUAGAUUCUUUUAAGUGCUAUUAGAUGGCUUUCUUUUGUGGCUUGUUGAAGUAUGACAGAAUGUUGUGCCUUCAUUAAACGUUAUUGCAGCUUAAAAACAUUAACGUCCUAUGGAUGCUUCGAGAAGAAAGCUUUGUGUUUUCUCGAAAAAAAAGCAUUAACUUUUAGGAAUAGCAAAUUGAUCAAUUCCAUGAGCUCAAGGCCAAUAUAUAUACAUGUACAUGGGAAGAGAUAAGUAGGAAUUCUAAUACAAAAGGAAAUACAAAUAAGUGUCCUACUACAAAACAUACAUCUCUAAUAUUUGAAACCACAGCACUGCAAACUUUUAACUAGGUGACACAUACAGCCAGUGGCAUUUUUUAAAAACUGCUGACUGUAGGUGCAUGGGUCCAACUUUCCCUAAUAUUUUUUUCUCGAACACACAUCAAAUGCAUGUCAUUUUGUAUUAGAAGAAAGCGCCGAAAUAGCGCAAAUACUAAAGCAACAAGAAGAAACAGAGAAAAGGCCAAAAGGCACAAAAAAACUGUACAGGAAGGGCUGAAGCAACUAGAAAACCAGGUCAGGGGGGCGGGCAUGCAGCGGCAGCUGCCUCAAUGCUUUUGCGCCAGCGAGCAUUCAGCACAGUUCGAUUACCAAUCUUUUUGCUGUGGCUCACCUUCUAUGUUCAUGUACUCUACCAGACUACUAUGUUGAGAAGCAAACAAGGGUACAUCUGGAAGUCUUAUUUGUGAAAUUAUUUUGGAAGCGGAAACAUUAGGAAGAAUUUACUUUGUUUGACUGUUGUGCUUAAC